UGGGUCGCGAGCAGAAGGGAGGGAGAGAAGGUAGGAGUCCCGGCCUCCCUCGCUGGCCUCCCUCUCAGCCGCACACCCGCCGGCCCCAUGGUCCCCGCCGCCGGAGCGCUGCUCUGGGCCCUGCUGCUGAGUCUGGGGCCCCGGGCGGCGGGGGCCCAAGGCCUGACUUCCACCGAGACCCAGCGGGUCAGUUUCCGCUUCGGGGUCCCUAUGUCCCGCCACUACCGGACCACCCUCCGGACCGGUGGCCCCAGGAGGAUGAAGGUAACAAUGGAGGAUGAGGAUGACGUCGGAUCCACUGUCGAGCGCCUAGCAGGCCCGGCUGCUGCGGAGCUCUUGGCCUCCACGGUGGCCACAGGCGUCAGCAAGUCGAUUGUGUCCUCGGCCGAGGAGGAUGAGUCUUUGGAAGAGGGGGUUGUUAUUAAUGCCAGAAAGAAUAACAUCACUGCAGCGUCUCUCAGCAGGGGUUACAAUACAGCGAGGGUGCCCAGCUCGAAGUUUAAAGCAAAUACCCAGGAGGGGGAGAUCAGGAUGUCUUCAGACGUGCCGGCCAACACCUGGCAGCCUACUGGGGGGGAAAUACAGCACCCCGACAGUACCAUGAGCCAGUGGUCCAUGGCCGGGUCCACCCCUAACCGGUGGCAGCAGCUCUCGCACACGGCCAUGCCCCCUCCCGAGGAUUUGAGGCUGGUGCUGAUGCCCUGGGGCCCGUGGCACUGCCACUGCCAGUCAGGCACCAUGAGUCGGACCCGGUCUGGGAAGCUGCAGGGCCUUUCUGGGCGCCUUCGAGUUGGGGCGCUGAACCAACUCCGUACAGAGCAUCGGCCAUGUACCUAUGAGAAAUGUCCGUGCAACCGGCUUCGGGAGGAGUGCCCUCUGGACUCCAGCCUCUGCUCUGACACCAGCUGUACCACUCAGACCACCACCAGUACUACCACCACCACUACCACCACCACUCCCACACCCACUCUCAGCUCUAGAAUCAGACCUACACCCUUCCUCUUCUUUGGCCCCAGCCCCAGCCCCAGUCCAGCCCUUGCUUUUUGGAGACGGGUCAGGAUCGGGCUGGAGGAUAUUUGGAACAGUCUGUCUGCAGUGUUCACAGAGAUGGAACCACUAGAGAAAAACCGCAGGUAAUGGCCACUUCAUCUGCAAGAGGUUUCAGCAUCUCAACCUUUCCACCCUUUUCGAUCCCAGCACCCACUGGAUAUUUUUAGUACAGAAAAACAAAACUAGAAAAAAAAAUUGUUUGGUCUUGUGUCUUUUUACAGAGGUAUCUGAGGUGGAGACCAGAAAUCUCUUGAACCUUAAAACUGAAAUGUGUAACCAGCAGCAUUGGGCCUGAUCCCUCCUCUUGUCCCCCAGCAUAUUUUAUCCCCCCCUCCAUAAUGUUGAUGUUCCUCCUCUGCUUCAUUUCCAAAGUCAUUUUUAAACAAGUGAUUGUUUAAAGACUUGAAAAAUCUCAGAUGAAUGCCAAGAGGAGGGAACAGGAAGAAUGAGUUGAGCCCUUGGAAGAUACUGGUGGUCUUCUCCUUGCCUUCACAAUACUUGGCCUUCUGUCCUUGCGAAGGGCGAAGAUAGCACAGAAUUCCACGUCAGCUACUUUUUAGCAGUUACCUUCAUCAACUGUAUCUAUCCUUUGACCCCAAACAUGCCUGUAGUGAAUACUCUUCAACUACUUUGCUUAAACAUUUUUUAUUUGAAAAAUGUAUUUAAAAGUCCAACACAUUUUUAAUAUAAAUUAUGACUCUCAAACCCGUUGCCAUCACUCUUAAAUACAGUUCAAGUGAUGGUAGCAUACACGUUAGAAAAGGUAGCUAAAGGCAAGAGAAUACCAAGGACUGUGGCCAAAGAAGAGGCAUUAGGAUAAGGUGGUAGAGCGUGGUGACCAGAGUCCAUGAGUCCCCCCAUCCUUC